GCGAGGUAAAGCUCCUGGAUCAUCAAUCGAAGAGAUACACAGCAUUUCCCGCUUCUCCAUCCCUCAAUCCUCAAUCCCUCUUAUCUCGAAAUCAUGAAAUCCUCAAUCAUCCGCAUCGUCUUUACCCUCCUCAGCACUGCGGUUCUCUCCAGCUCCCUCCCGGUCGAGCUGGCUGCAGUGCCAAAGCUCUGUCCCAUAUUCGAGAAAGGAACCCUUAAAUUCGACGACCUCUCCCCCGGCCCUUUAUCGACCUACAACGGCUUCCGCUUCCCCGGCUUCGUAGACUGGCUGAUCGUCUCCGGCUCGCCGCGCUCUUCCACGCCGUACUACAAAGGGAUAACCUCGUCACCACACGGGCUGCUCUCGGCCUUCCACUGGAUGACCUGGUUCGACGGCGGCGGGGCAUUCACCUUCGACCUCGACCUCCAGAUCGUCGGCUACCGGGCGGGAGAGACCACGCCCGCGGGGAAGAAGGUCGUCCGGGUUAGGAAUGCCGCGGGGAAGGGCGGGGCGGUAAAUAUCGUCCUUGGCGGCAGUAAGUGGAGGGGCCUCGACAGGGUCGGCAUCGAGGCCGAGGAGCUCGAUAGGCCCCAGGGCGUGCCGUUGCCUGGCGAUGUCAGCCCCGGGUUCGUGCUCGAUGAUGUGGUUUAUGCAAAGAGGAAGUUGUGCGAAUAGCAGAGGAGGCUGCUUCGGCACCUGUGGGGGAGCCUGGUGAGCCAUAGAGUGGUGGAAUUCGUAAUGGCGGGAUUCCGGCGUAGUGGUGCGCGCUUUUACUCGGGUUGAGAU